UUCCCUCACUGAACUGUCUGAUAAAACUCUUACUCUGCGACUUCUCUUAUCUUCCCCAUCCCUCUGCCCAUCUGCUCCUCAGUUCUUUUCAGUCUUUAACUGCUCUUUUCUUUUUCUUUUUUAACCUCAAAGAGUACGCUAAGCCAUGGAUAUGGGCCAGUUAAAGUCGGACGACCAGAUGGAGAUGAUGAUGCUGAUGGAGAUGGACAAGCUUCGCGAGUUCACUGAAUUUCAACACCUGCCGGAGCUUUCUGGUGCGAGCAACGGGGCCGGCAACAAAAUUGGUGGCAUGGCGCUGCCACAUUAUAUGGAUAUUAACACACAAAUGGCUUCACCCUCAUUCGGAAACCUCCCAUCCACUGCAUCCAUCACUAAUACGACACCACUUCAACAACCUUCUUUCUUAUCCAAUUUCAACACAGCCGGAGGGAGGUGGAGAGAUGCAUUUUCUACGCCGUCACAGAAGCGGAAUUCUAUGGCGGCGAUGAGAGAGAUGAUCUUCCGCAUAGCGGCGAUGCAGCCAAUCCACAUAGACCCAGAAGCGGUGAAGCCGCCGAAGCGGAGGAACGUGAAGAUAUCGAAGGAUCCUCAAAGCGUCGCCGCUCGCCAUAGGAGAGAAAGAAUAAGCGAGAGAAUAAGAAUACUGCAAAGACUCGUCCCCGGAGGGACGAAAAUGGACACUGCUUCCAUGUUGGAUGAAGCAAUUCACUACGUGAAAUUCUUGAAGACCCAGGUGCAGUCCCUGGAACAAGCCGCGGCUAAUCGGCCGAGUACCGGGAUAGGUUUCCCUGUGGCCAUGUCAAGUGGGAUCAGUACUUAUCCUCCAACGGCGAAAGCUUACCAAGCUCCUCAAAAUGUUCAGCCUUAUGAAGAUGCUUAGCUGAAGAAGAAGAAGAAGAGAAUUUCGUUCCAGUAUAUAUAUAAAAUGCACUUUUGUGUAAUGAUGAUGAUUUUU